AAAUAAAUAAUAGAGAAAAAAGAAAGUGGUGAUGGAUCGAGAUCUCUGGUUUUCAUGUAUAAACAAAACCAUGGGGUUCCGUUCUCAACAAUCCCGAAGAAGUGAUCAAUUUACUUGCAGCCAUGUCUGCAACUCUUAAACAAAACCCUUUUCCUUUUCCUUUUCCCGAUACUUUCUUCUUCUUCUCUUUCUCUUUUCUUUUUCUCAUUUUCUCUCUCCUCUUUCCAUGCUGCUGUUCCAUUGACGACCAGGGCCAAGCUCUGCUCGCAUGGCGGAAUACCUUGAACGCCUCCACCACCACCGUUCUCGAUUCCUGGAACUCCUCCCACCUCAACCCGUGCCGCUGGUUCGGCGUCUACUGCGACUCCGUCGGCCACGUGGAGAAGAUAAGCCUGAAAUCGCUCGACUUGCAGGGCCCGUUGCCGGCGAAUUUACAGGCGUUGAAAUCGCUGAACACUCUCAUUCUCUCGUCGACCAAUCUCACCGGCCCAAUCCCGAAGGAGUUCGGGGACUAUUCCGAGCUGGUUAUGAUUGAUAUAAGCGAUAACGCCAUCUCCGGCGAGAUUCCGGCGGAGAUAUGCCGGUUGAAGAAGCUGCAGUUCUUGUCACUCAAUACCAAUUCUCUCCAGGGGAAUAUUCCGUUGGAGAUUGGGAAUCUUUCGAGCCUGAAAAACCUCAUGCUGUUCGACAACCAGCUCGGCGGCGAAAUCCCGAAAAGCAUCGGAAAGUUGGGCAAACUCGAGGCGCUGAGAGCCGGCGGAAAUCAAAACCUGAAAGGCGAAUUGCCGCCGGAGAUUGGGAACUGCACGAACUUGAUUCUCCUCGGCCUCGCCGAAACGGGCAUCUCCGGCGGUCUACCGCCGACGAUCGGAAUGCUGAAGAGGCUUCAAACGAUAGCGAUAUACACUUCCUUUUUGUCCGGUCCGAUCCCGGAAGAAAUUGGCAAUUGCACCGAUUUGCAGAACAUCUAUUUGUAUCAGAAUUCGAUCACCGGCUCGAUUCCGACGAGUGUCGGCGGGCUCGAAAAGCUCGAGAGUCUCUUCUUAUGGCAGAACGCCUUAGUGGGUACGGUUCCGUCGGAGCUCGGAAACUGCAGAGAGUUGAAAGUCAUGGACUUGUCGGAAAAUCUGCUGACUGGACCGAUUCCGGUGACCAUCGGAAAACUUUCGAAGCUCGAAGAAUUGCAGCUGAGUGUGAAUCAGUUGUCGGGCACAAUACCGAAUGAAAUAACCAACUGCACAUCUCUCACUCAUUUGGAGGUCGACAACAAUGGCAUCUCCGGCGAAAUUCCGGCGAACAUUGGGAAGUUAACGAGCUUGACCCUGUUUUUCGCCUGGAAGAAUAACUUGACAGGGAAUAUUCCGGAAUCUUUGUCCGAGUGCCGGAAUCUUCAAGCGCUUGAUCUUUCGUACAAUAGCCUCUUCGGUUCGGUGCCGAACCAGAUUUUCGGGCUGACGAAUCUUACGAAGCUGCUCCUGCUUUCGAAUAAUCUCGCCGGUUUUAUACCGCCGGAUAUCGGAAACUGUACGAACUUGUACAGGUUCAGGAUCAGCGACAACAAAUUGGGCGGCACUGUUCCAUCGGAAAUCGGAAAAUUGAAGAGUUUGAAUUUUCUUGAUAUGAGCAAUAACCGCCUCGUGGGGGCGAUUACCCCCGCCAUUUCGGGUUGCGAAAGUCUCGAGUUUCUUGAUCUUCACUCGAAUGGAUUUAGUGGCCCUCUUCUUGACAACACUCUGCCUAAAAGCCUACAGUUUGUAGACAUUUCUGACAACAGGAUUACGGGCCCACUCACUCCGACAAUUGGUUCCCUCACCCAACUAACCAAGCUCAACCUCGGAAAAAACCAGCUCUCCGGUGAAAUCCCACCGGAAAUCGUAUCAUGUAGCAGGCUGCAGCUGUUGGAUGUCGGCAGCAACGGUUUCUCUGGCGAGAUUCCGGCGGAAUUGGGCCGGCUCCCGUCGCUCGAAAUCUCUCUAAAUCUCAGCUGCAACCAAUUCUCCGGCGAGAUUCCGGCGGAGUUUUCGAGCCUCGUGAAACUAGGAGUUCUUGAUCUUUCCUACAACAACCUCACCGGAAAACUGGACGCCCUCAAAACCCUCCAAAACCUCGUCUCCCUCAAUGUCUCCUUCAACGCAUUCUCCGGCGACUUGCCCGACACUCCCUUCUUCCAGAAGCUUCCCCUGACCGACCUCGCCGGAAACAAAGACCUGCGCAUCUCCGGCGGCGGCGUUGUAACUCCGGCGGAUGCGAUGGACUCCCACAGCCGCCGCGGGGCCCGGACCACCAUGAAGCUAGCAAUGGGAAUCCUAGUCAGCAUCAGCGUCGUACUUGUUCUACUCGCUGUUUAUGUCUUGGCCAAGACACACAUGGCGAAUAAAAACAAUAAGUCGAUGGAAAACGAAACGUGGGAGAUGACAUUUUAUCAGAAGCUGGAGUUUUCGAUCGACGACAUAGUAAGAAACCUAGUUUCUUCAAACGUGAUCGGAACUGGAAGCUCGGGAGUGGUGUACAGGGUGACAGUGCCAGAUGGCGAGACGCUAGCGGUCAAAAAAAUGUGGUCUUCGGAAGAAUCCGGAGCUUUUGGUUCGGAAAUCAGAACUCUAGGUUCGAUCCGGCACAAGAAUAUUGUGAGGCUCCUAGGUUGGGGUUCGAACCAGACGUUGAAAUUGUUGUUUUACGAUUAUCUCCCUAACGGGAGCUUGAGCUCGCUCCUUCAUGGAGCUGGUAAAGGAGGGGCAGAAUGGGAAGCUAGAUACGAUGUUGUUGUCGGAAUCGCGCACGCGCUUGCGUAUUUACACCAUGACUGUGUGCCCCCGAUUAUGCAUGGGGAUGUUAAAGCGAUGAACGUGUUAUUAGGGCGUCGAAUGGAGCCUUAUCUUGCCGAUUUUGGCCUUGCGAGGCUAAUUAAUGGCGACUCGGAUAAUUCGGACGAUGCAAAACAGAGUCAACGGCCUCAUUUAGCUGGCUCUUAUGGCUAUAUGGCUCCAGAGCAUGGUUCGAUGCAACGGAUAACGGAGAAGAGCGACGUGUACAGCUUCGGCGUGGUGCUGUUGGAGGUUCUGACGGGGAGGCACCCGUUGGAUCCAGGGUUGCCGGGCGGGGCCCAUUUAGUUCAGUGGGUCCGAGAUCACUUGCAGGGGAAGCUCGACCCGGUUGAGGUACUCGACCCGAAGCUGAAGGGUAGGGCCGACCCGCAGAUGCACGAGAUGCUGCAGACACUGGCUGUUGCUUUUCUGUGCCUCAGCACGCGGGCGGAUGACCGGCCGAUGAUGAAGGAUGUGGUGGCCAUGCUGAAGGAGAUUCGGUCUGUGGACCCCGUUAGGUCGGAAGAUGACUUGUUGAAGGCGAGUUUGUCGGCGGCGGCAGCUCCUAAAUCGCCGCCGCUGCUGCCGCCUAAGAAGGUGGUUUCGCAAGGGUCGUCUAGCUGCUCUUUCGUGUUCUCCGAUGAUUCUGUUUGAUUUUAAUUGUGCAUACCUAUCUGCCUCUGUAGGAGAAUUUAUUAGAGCAUUAACAUAUGGUAUUUCUUGUUAAUAGAUUUUGUAGAGUGUAAUAGUUACUGGUUGACUUAAGAAUAUGUACUACUCUGUGUAACAAAAAAAAGGGGAAGAAAAAUUGAAAUUUAUUGCAUAAAAAUUC